AUGGUGAUGCUCGAAGGGCAACUGAAGCAGCACGAUCGAGAGAAGUGCAGUCGUGAUGGUUCCGUGAGGCCGAUGACUAGAAGGGGGAAUCGGUCCACAGAGUUCACUAAGGCUCGCCAGACCUUCCUGCAGAUGCACGCGGAAAGGUUUAAGAACAAACCAUUCCAGUUGAAGUGCCAAUGCCCGGCCACAUGCAACUUUUCCUCCAACAAGAACUGCUCCGAACACGAAUUCCUAUCUGAGUGGAAUGAGCAUUUCGAGGCCUUCGACUUUGCUACGUCUGCACGGGAGGUUCGUUCGAUGCAACAUAAGACGGUCGAGCUGGAGCAGAUGACUGAGGAUCUUCAGGAGCGCCUGCGUGAGGAACAGCGCUCAAAGCAGGAGGCCGAACACAAGCUCGAGGCAGCAAAGGUGGUGGAACAGAACUCGCACCAUUUGAUCAGCGAGCAGCUGGCAGUGAAUGAAACAUUGCUGCAGGAGGCAGCUCGUUUGAAGCUGGAGUUGAAGGCCUUGAAUGAGGUUGAAACUUCGGCUCAGUGCGUGAUAUGUCGGGAUGCGAAGCCAUCCCGAGCUUUUGUUCCUUGUGGCCAUGUUUGUGUGUGCUCAUCGUGCUGGGAUGAGUUCGACCGGAACAGCGGCAGAUGCCCCAAGUGCCGUCGAGAUAUACAGUUUUCGUUUUCUGUCUUCAUUUAG